AUGGUUUCGGCGGGACUGUGCAUGAGGACGCUGCGGGCGUACGCCAAGUAUGGCAAUAACCAUGCCGCCCUUUUUGCGCGCGCUUUCUCCGUCACGGCCCGGCGCCCUGAAAUCAACAAGAUCUACCCCUCGGCGGCCGAGGCGCUCAAGGACAUGAAGCCCAACACGACCCUUCUCUGCGGUGGCUUCGGUCUCUGCGGCGUGCCGGAUACGCUGAUCGACGAGCUCCUGAACAAGCCCGAGAUCACUGGCCUGACUGCCGUGUCCAACAACGCCGGUACCGACAACAGCGGCCUGGGCAAGCUGCUCAAGACCAAGCAGAUUAAGAAGAUGAUCGCCUCCUAUAUCGGCGAGAAUAAGACCUUUGAGCAGAUGUACCUCAAGGGCGAAAUCGAGCUGGAGCUGACCCCUCAGGGUACCCUCGCCGAGCGCUGCGCUGCCGGCGGCAAGGGCAUUCCGGCUUUCUACACGCCCGCCGCCUUCGGCACCGUCGUCCAAACCGGCGAGCUGCCGCUGCGCAACAACCCGGACGGCACUCCCGCCGAGUUCUCCUACCCCAAGGAUGUCAAGGUCUUCAACGGCAAGCCUUACCUCCUCGAGCACGCCAUUGAGGGCGACUACGCCUUCGUCAAGGCCUACAAGGCCGAUCGCCUGGGCAACUGCCAGUUCCGCCUGGCCGCCCACAACUUCAACGGCGCCAUGGGCCGCAACGCCAAGAUGACCAUCGUCGAGGCCGAGCACAUCGUCGAGCCGGGCGAGAUCCCUCCCGAGGCGGUACACCUACCCGGCAUCUAUGUCCAGAGGGUCAUCAAGAGCACGGCCCCCAAGAACAUCGAGAAGUACACCUGGACGCUCGAUCCCGAGGAGGCCGCGCAGGACCCCAAGGCUGCCGCCGCCCUCGGCUCUGGCGAAACCAAGGCCAAGCGCGAGCGCAUCGUCCGCCGCGCCGCUAAGGAGUUCCAGAACGGCAUGUACGCCAACCUGGGCAUUGGCAUGCCCAUGCUGGCUCCCGCCUUUGUCGCCGAGGGUAUCGAGGUGAUGCUGCAGUCGGAGAACGGCAUUCUCGGUCUCGGCCCGUACCCGCGCAAGGGUGAGGAGGACCCAGAUCUAAUCAAUGCAGGCAAGGAGACUGUCACCCUGAAGCCGGGCGCCUCGGUCUUCGGCUCCGAAGAGUCCUUCGGCAUGAUCCGCAGCGGCCGUAUCAACCUCACCAUUCUGGGUGCCAUGCAGGUCAGCGCCAACGGCGAUCUGGCCAACUGGAUGCUUCCUGGCAAGGUUAAGGGCUUCGGUGGUGCCAUGGACCUGGUCAGCAACCCCAGCAAGACCAAGGUCGUCGUCACUAUGGAGCACACAGACAAGAAGGGCAACCCCAAGAUUGUCAAGCAAUGCGCUUUCCCCCUGACAGGCAGGCAGUGCGUGUCGCGUAUCAUUACUGAGCUGGGUGUCUUCGAUGUCGAUUUCGCCCAGGGCCUGACCCUCAUCGAGAUCGCGGACGGCGUCACCGUCGACGAGAUCAGGGCCAAGACAGAGGCCCCCUUCAAGGUCGCUGAUGACCUUAAGCCUAUGCUCUAA